AUGGUAGUCUUACCAACAUCUCCCGAGGCUGUGGAGCCUCCAGCCACACUGGAACCAGAGACUCCAAAUCCCUUCAAUGAGCUGACGGAUCAGGCGCUGGAUGAGUACCGCAAGGAGGUGCAGCGCAAACAACACGGCCAGCAGGACGAUGGAAAAAUCACAGAUGCUGUGCAAAACGAUAAAGGCGACGAAAAGAAACAGCAGGAGGAGCUAGAAAAACAAAUGAAGGCCCUGUCCACCACUGACACUUCGGAAACCACGCCCUCAGCCCCGCCCAACAAGCCUGCAGGCAACACCCCAGAGGGCUCACCUUCCAAAUCGCCAUUAAAGAAAAAAAAGAAGUUCAAGGCGCCCUGUUUUCUAAAGAAAAGCAAGAAACAAAAAGAGAAAGCAGAAUCUUGAACUCUUACAGGCACUUUCUCCAAGUGUUCUUUACUAAUACUUUCACAUGCAUCCACACAUACGUCUUCACAUCCAGUCAGACUCACUGUGUAUCCAUGUACUGACCUUUACAUGCCAUACCAGUUUUUGAUUAGGGUUUCGUGACUUGAAACAUGUUUUCGGUACACUCUGUCCACACCGAUGCAAGUUUCACAAUGCUUCACUGAUGCACAUUGAAAUGUGACCCUUCCCCUUGAUUUAAAAUGGAUUGCACUUAGUACAUGUAUAGAAGAAAAAAGAAUGUGGCAUUGAGUAAGCAUUGAUUGUUCAUGUCUAUUGAUUCUGAUUGUUGCUCAUUAUCAUGUUUAUAUAAUUACAUGUGGCAUAACUGUUCUAAAAUCUUUUUUUAACUACCCAUAAACAUCUACAUCUCAUUUUGUUAUGAAUAGCAGGGAUAAACUAAUUGAAUAUGCACCAUUCACUGGAAAUCAUGAUUGCAAUGGCUUGCAAAUAACACACGUCAAAAGGCCAAAAUAAGCAAGAUCAUGGCUUGUUGCUGCAAAGAAAAUCCAACUUUAAAUGCAUGGCUUUGAUCCACUUGUUUUUUGGGUUUUGUUUGUAUCUUUAUUUUAUAUGUAUGCUGGAGACUUCUUUGCAGUUGUAAUUAUUUUUAUGAUCAUUCACUGUUAUUUAAAUGCUUUUUGUGUAUAUUAGCUGGUUUGUAAACUUAAAUCCAUGUCAAUAUUAGAAUGUAAAAUGCUAGGAUCGGAUGUACCAUUCAUUA